ACGACUCUCGGCGCACCGCCCGCUAGCCGCAUUAAGCAGCGCGCCGCAAAACCCGCGUUAUCGAUCUCACAAAACAAUGUUUUCUACACCCGUAUAAAAACCGGCUAGUGAAUUAAAACUUUAAACUACUCAAACGAUUUUAUUAUAGCCAUUUGGCGCAUGUUACGAAAUCAGAAGUGAAAGUAAGGACUAAUACCUACAAGUUUUUGUAUUUCAUUUAUUUAUAGUUGUUAGUUUUUUAUAAUUGUAGGCAACAAAUUUCACAAUGCGUGACAAGAAUACUAGUGACGGAGCCCACGAGGCCAUGCUUACUGAAGGCAAGAAAACGACGAUUAUUAAAGAGAACAAGGACUCCAGAAAAGAAGAGGAAUAUGAAGCUCUGCAGAGCUUCUUACGCAGCAUCAGCUCUACGGCCACACUACCGCCUUACGUCAAAGGAGAAAGUUAUUCUUCAGUUCGUGGAGUAUUAAAUCAGUGCCUGAUCACGUGUGCGGUGCUGAUCCUGGCGGCGGGUGCUGGUCACCCCAUCGGCUUUUCCGCCGUGGCGCUGCCACAGCUCCGCACUGAAAACUCCUCCAUGAGGAUUGACGAUGAAAUGGGAUCCUGGAUAGCCAGCAUCCACUCAGCCGCAACACCCCUAGGGUCGAUGAUGUCAGGGCCAAUAAUGGAGGCAAUAGGGCGACGGCGGACGCUGCAGGCUUCCACACUUCCACUGAUUGUCGGUUGGAUCCUUAUAGGAACCGCUUCGCAUCACGCUCUGGUACUGCUUGGACGAGUUGUUUGCGGGUUUGCUGUUGGUAUUAUGGCUGCUCCUUCUCAGGUGUACAUAGGCGAGAUCUCCGAACCACGGCUACGAGGCAUCCUAAUUGGAACACCCUUCGUAGCAUACUCCGUCGGUGUACUCUACGUAUACGCCCUUGGCGGAGCCCUACCAUGGCGACAUGUGGCCUAUCUAUGUGUUGUGUUACCCGCACUAGCUGUCACUGCAUUAUGCUUCGCACCGGAGAGCCCGACUUGGUUGGCCAGAAGAGGCAGAUUCCAUGAAGCUAUGGCGGCUAUGUCGCGGUUAAGGGGCGAUCCUGAUACCGCCCAACGUGAACUCCACGAACUGGUAAAUGCAAGAGAGAAAGAAAAAGCUCGAGGGGAAGAAAACAUCCGAUUUUUAGCAACAGUGUUCCGGUUGCCUGUAUUGAAGCCUCUGAUGUUAAUCAACGCCUUCAACAUGCUACAGAUUUUAUCCGGGAGCUACGUAGUCAUCUUUUAUGCUGUUGACAUAGUCAAGAAGACUGGAGGCUCUUUGGAUCCCCAUGUGGUAGCGAACGCGAGUGCACUUGUCCGAUUAGGUAUCACCGUAGUUGCGUGCGUGCUGCUACUCAAAAUCACACGCCGGUGUCUGGUUAUGAUCUCAGGAAUCGGAACAGCCGUCAGCACCUUAGCCCUUACCUAUAUUCUCACGCAAACCAACACAGAAAAUGAACCUAGUAUUAUACCACCUGUACUCAUAUUAAGCUACGUAGCUUUCAACACACUAGGCUUUUUCUUACUCCCGGGUCUUAUGAUCGGAGAACUCCUUCCAACCAAAGUACGCGGUCUGUGUGGUGGUUACAUAUUCUGCAUUUUCAAUGCUGUUCUAUUCGGUUUCACAAAACUAUACCCGGUAAUGGAGAACAAUAUGGGCAUGGCUGCAGUGUUUGGCCUUUUUGGAGGUUCCGCUUGUCUCGCUACUAUUGUUUUAUUCUUAUUGUUACCAGAAACAAAAGACAAAUCGCUGUUACAAAUAGAACAAUAUUACCAAAAACCGAAUAUACUAUGGGUGACCCGUAAAAAAAUGACCGCAAACCAGUCCGUUUGAAGUAGUAUCAAACGAAGUACUAAACGUACUUAAAUUGUAAUUGAUGCCUUAUCGUUACAUUGUAAUGAUUAUGUGAAAGUUUAAAAUAUACCUACUCCCGGACAUACAA